CCUUUUCUCUACCUUCUUCCAUUUUCAUUUUUCAGUAAUGGUUCGGCUCAAAGAAGUGAUCGUCACUUUUUUCAACAACAGAUGGCUUGUUUUUGUGGCGGCAAUGUGGAUUCAGUCCUGCGCCGGCAUCGGAUACCUCUUCGGAAGUAUAUCGCCGGUGAUUAAGAGCUCAUUAAACUAUAACCAGAAGCAGGUUGCCAGACUGGGUGUCGCCAAGGAUCUAGGUGAUUCUGUUGGGUUUUUGGCCGGAAGUUUGUCGGAGGUAUUGCCGAUGUGGGCUCUUCUGCUUCUUGGUGCUAUUCAGAACUUUGUUGGUUAUGGAUGGGUCUGGCUCAUCGUCACCGGAAAAGCUCCGAUGUUGCCAUUGUGGGUUAUGUGCCUUCUCAUAUUCAUUGGAACUAAUGGCGAAACCUACUUCAACACGGUAGCAUUGGUUUCAUGUGUUCAAAACUUUCCAAAAAAUCGAGGUCCUGUUGUCGGAAUACUAAAGGGAUUUGCAGGUCUGAGCGGUGCAAUAUUGACACAAAUAUACGCAUUAGUAAACUCACCCGAUAAUGCCUCCCUUAUAUUCAUGGUUGCGGUGGGCCCUUUUAUGGUCAUUAUCGCUCUUAUGUUCAUUGUGAGGCCAGUGGGAGGUCACAGACAACUCCGAUUAUCAGAUGGUUCAAGUUUCACGCUAAUCUACUGUGUGUGUCUCGUUUUGGCCGCUUAUUUGAUGGGGGUUAUGCUUGUGGAAGAUUUGGUUGAUCUGAACCAGACCAUAGUCCAAAUUUUUACUGCCAUUUUGUUUGUGCUUGUAGUGGUUCCAAUUGGGAUUCCUUUAUGGUUAACUUUUUCUUCAGAUCCACGAACCCCUGAAGAAGAAUCUUUGCUAUCCGAGCCACAAAAUAAAGAACCCGAAAGACUAUUAGAGCAUGAUCCAAAUGAGAUCAUAUUUAGUGAGGUGGAAGACGAGAAACCUAGGGAAGUAGACCUUCUUCCGGCUUCCGAAAGGCAAAAGAGGAUCGCUCAGCUUCAAUCAAAGUUGGCCCAAGCGGCUGCAGAAGGAGCGGUGAGGAUCAAGAGACGAAGAGGGCCACAUAGAGGUGAAGACUUUGAUCUUACACAGGCUUUGAUCAAGGCGGAUUUUUGGCUCAUCUUUAUAUCACUUCUAUUGGGAUCUGGUUCGGGUUUGACAGUGAUCGACAAUUUAGGUCAGAUGAGCCAGUCUUUAGGAUACGACAACACGCACAUAUUCGUUUCCAUGAUCAGCAUUUGGAACUUUUUAGGCCGGGUUGGCGGAGGCUAUUUCUCCGAGAUCGUUGUCAGGGACUAUGCUUACCCAAGGCCAGUAACCAUGGCUGUUGCCCAAGCCAUAAUGGCAGUUGGGCAUUUGUUCUUUGCCAUGGGUUGGCCAGGUGCAAUGUACAUCGGCACCCUUUUGAUCGGUCUAGGCUAUGGGGCUCACUGGGCUAUUGUACCGGCUACAGCCUCUGAGCUAUUUGGGCUCAAGAAGUUUGGAGCUUUAUACAAUUUCCUCACCCUGGCUAACCCCGCUGGUUCGCUAGUCUUCUCGGGUCUCAUUGCCAGCUAUAUAUACGACUCUGAAGCAGAAAAACAAGCUCAACAACGCCAUCAACUCGUUUCAAAUUCCACUUCUCUUUUGACAAAGCUUUUUGACACCAAUGAUGAUGUUCUCAAAUGCGAAGGUUCGGUUUGCUUCUUUCUGACUUACAUGAUAAUGUCGGGACUCUGUAUCAUAGCGGUUAUCCUAAGUUUGAUACUCGUUCGCCGAACUAAGGUCGUCUAUCAGAACCUUUACGGGAAAACCCGAUCCUAAAUUCUUGGAAUCCCAAGUAUAUUUCUUUGUUUUCCAUAAUUUAAAUGUUUCAUUUUGGAAUCUUGAGCUGUGUUUGUAUAUUGUUAUUCAAAUUCCGAACAUUGUUUUGGAUUGAAAUUUUUGAUUUCCACUCAGUUGUAUCGUAAUGGUGGAAUCUUUAGCACUUUGCUUAUAUGAUAUAUAUACAUCAUUUAUUUACUCUUUGA